CGCUUCUUCUUUCUUUCAGGCACACAACAAUUCAUAUCAUUUACAAAUUCUGGAAAACUAAGUCAUUUUUUUGCAGAAUAUUUACAUCCAAUGACAACUUUACAAGUUUACGCGCACCGACUUAGUGACCCCAACUUAGCCGUGGGGUUGAAAGUGACAAUCGCAAAUGAACUUAGAGAUCAAGUUGAAGUAUUUCAAACCCAAGAAUAUCCACGAUUUUUAGCGACUUUAAUACCAGUAUUUAUGGAUGUAUUGCAAAAUGGUAGCCCAGUAUUUCAAAGCAACGCUCCAGAACAGAAACUACGUAACAUCAUCCUUGAAAUCAUAUAUCGUUUACCUCAAACAGAGGCUUUAAAAGAAUAUAUUCCAGAUCUUUGUAAAACGUUAAUGAAUUUACUACGGGUUGAAAAUGAAGAUAAUGCUGUUGUCUGCGUGAAGAUUAUCAUUGAUUAUCACAGAACGUACCGACAACUAUUAGAAGAUCAAGUUCAGCCAUUUCUUGAUCUUGUUCAGGAGAUAUUCAAGAAUAUGGAACAAACAGUAAAGGACGUAUUUGACGCGCCAUGUACACCUAUUGGUUCAGCUACACCUGGUAUUAACCCAUUACUAGCCACAUCACCACGACCUAAUUCUCCAGCCGCUGUAGAAUUACCCGAGACGCCAUCUAAACCAUUAGCGAAAAGUAUGUUCAGCUUCAAAGUGUUGACAGAAUGCCCCAUCAUUGUAGUUCUUCUUUUUCAAACACAUCGCCGAUUUGCUGCCGAGAAUAUCAUUAAAUUUGUGCCGUUAAUUUUUCAGUUGUUGAGUCUCCAGGCUAAACCUCAAGCGGAAGCUGCCAGUGCAGUACAAGCUCGAGGUGAGGUAUUUGUUGGUGUAAGCCCCGAAAUUCGCAAUCGAGCCGUAUAUAAUGAUUUCAUUGUCGCGCAAGUUAAAACGAUGUCCUUCUUAGCAUUCAUAUUAAGGAGUUAUACAGCUGUUUUACGACCAUUUCAAAACCAAAUACCUAAUAUUGUUUUGAGGCUUUUAUGCGAGUGUCCGCCCGAGUCUUCUGCAACACGAAAAGAAUUGCUAGUUGCUACUAGACAUAUAUUGUCAACUGAUUUCCGUGCCUCCUUCGUAUCGAAGAUCGAUCUGUUGCUCAAUGAAAAGGUUCUCAUAGGUACAGGAGUAACGUCGCACGAUACUCUACGACCAUUGGCUUAUAGCAUGCUUGCUGAUCUCGUCCACCAUAUCCGAUCUGAAUUGACACCUGCACAACUGCGUCGAACAGUACGUAUAUAUACGCGUAACCUGCAUGACCAUACAUUAGCUUCUAGUAUUCAAACGAUGUGUGGGAAGCUUUUACUCAAUCUCAUUGAUUGCAUAAUCAAGAUACCCAACAAAAAAGAAGGACGUGAUUUAUUAAUGCGUAUUUUGGAUGCUUUCGCCAGCAAAUUUGCUUCACUUAAUAUGCAUUUCAAAACAUUUAAAAAACAGUUUUUAAAGAAAAAGCAAGAAAUGCAACAGGCCACAAUUACAGAAAUAGGGCAACAGAAACCUAAUUCUGCAACAUCAACCAAUAUGGAAAAGGAGCCGAGCGAAACAGAACAGGAUACAGAGCAGAGUACUUUGUAUGACGAUUUUGAUUUUGACAAAGCGCGAUCCAUACAUACCCAACUAAAUACAACGGAUUCGCCUCAAGAUAGUAUAAAAGAGAUUCGAUUUAUAUUCAAGAAUUUUGCCAUUGGUUUGAAGCCUCUAUUUAUUGGUUUGCGUCACUGCAACCCAGCACCCCCACAAGAUGUGAACCUUCAAUCAUAUUCACAAUAUGCCCGAGAUUUUUCACAAGAAGAUAUACAAAUUUUUAUUCGAUUACUCAGAGAAGGGUUGAAAUGCUUCGAAUAUUACAACGUUGAUAAUUACGGUCUUGAUGGAUCGUUACCACAUGAAGCAGACGAGCAUUAUAAAAGAUUGAAUAGUAGCAAAGAUCCACUAAGGUGUAUCGAGCUUUCCAACAGGAUCGCAAACCAAGUUAUACCUGACAGUGAGGCAUUAGAUAUGUUUGGAGUUGUUUUUACUGUCCUAGAUCCAGCUGUAUUUCAAGAGAUUUUUGUGUCUCAAAUGAGCUUCAUUUUUGACCGUAUGCUCAUCAAUACAUCAUUAACUCAUAUUGUGAAUACUUUCGUGGCUCAAGAAAUUUCAUCAACAGCGUUCGCGCCUAUUCUAUUGAACUUUUUGAUGGAGAGAUUGGAACAUUUAGGCGAUAAGGACUUGCAUUACUCCGCCAUCUUUCUGCACCUAUUCCGCCUAAUAUUCAUGGCAAUGAACUACUUCCCAGAAGCCAACGAAGCAACCCUUCAACCUUAUCUUACCACUUUGAUCAUGUCAUGCUUCAAGUUAUCUGCCAAGACGAAAGAAUCAGCGAUUUAUUUUUCCUUAUUAUUGCUAUUGUUUAAAGGUAUUGGUGGUGGUAGAUUUGAAAAGUUGUAUAAAGAGGUUUCCCCUUUACUUCAUUUCAUUUUGGAGAAUUUGAAUCAGCUUAUCACAGUAGCAAGUCGAUAUGAAGUGAAAAUGCUCUAUGUUGAACUAUGUCUUACUGUGCCAGUGCGACUGAGCACCCUACUCCCAUACCUCCCUCUUUUGAUGCGGCCCUUAGUACUUGGUCUUCAAGGAAGUCCUGAGUUAGUAACACAAUCACUGAGAACUUUAGAAUUGUGCAAUGACAACCUGAACCCGGAAUUUCUGAACGAAACAAUGGAGCCCAUAAAAAAAGAGCUGAUGAACGCAUUAUGGCAGCAUAUCCGACCAUUGCCUUAUAAUCAGCAACACUCACAUACUGCAAUAAGGAUAUUGGGUAAACUGGGCGGUAAGAACAGACGUAUAUUGAAUACGCCACCUGAUUUGGAUUUUAAACGAAACACAGAAAGUGGAAUAGCUGUGGCCAUAUAUUUCGACCCAAAUUCAACCCCACAAUCUCUCCCGUUGGAUGAAUGCUUGGAAGUGGCAUGUCAAACAUUGGAGAAAAGUGAUGUCGAUAGCUUUUAUAAGAAGCAUGCAUAUGAGUUUUUGAAAUCGAACAUUAUUAUUAUGUUGGAUAUGGACGAAGGGCCUGAAGACCUGGCACAACGUCUUCAUCAACGUAUCAGACGGUUUAUAUUGAAAGUGGAGACCAAAGAUGGUGAAGAAGUUGAAGAUAAUGUACUAGAAAAAGUGAAUGCGGAUAACAGUAUUGCAACGGAUGUAUCGGAUAAAAUGGAUAUUGAGGAUGGACAGGUCAAAAAUGACAGUACAGUUGUUGGAGAUACAUUAAAUAAGUUUGGCUUUGCACCAAAAAGAUUGAUAAACAACGGCUAUACAAAAUACUUAGCGAAACGGAUCGCACAAGAAGAGACACUGCGGACAAUGUUAAUCUCCAUUCUGAGAGCUUCUGUAUACUCCGAUUUGAGUGAAGAUGCAUGGUUAUUCUUUAGAAAUAUAUGCCGUCAUUUUAUGCUAUUACACAUAGGCGAGGUUAUCGAUGGCAAAGAAAAAGCAGCCAAGCCAGUGGUCGACAUGAUGGAUGAAAGAUUAGCAGAUCAAUAUUUUCAUGCUACUGUACUCGUUGAUGCAAUUGUUAAAACACUCACUUCUGGGGAUGCCAAGUUACGAUCACGCGCAGAGCAAUCGAUAUUGUUUUGCUUCGAGAUUGUCGCUAAAGCCUUGGGUUGUAAAAAUCAUAUAUCUCAAUUGCCCAUUUUUCGUGUCUUUGCAUCUCAAUUUUGUUCGUGCUGCUAUAAAUCUGAAUGGUUCACCAAACGUGGUGGUUGCCAAGGAAUCUCUAUUAUCACUUCUCAACUCGAAAUGGGCACUCAAUGGAUGCGUGAUCAUGAAUUGGAUUUUAUUCGGUCCUUAUUAUUUGUACUAAAGGAUGUCCAACCUGGAAUGUCAAAUAUUAACAAUGCUGAAGCUACACAAACUCUAUCACAUGUUCUCAAAGUCUGCAAUCGACCAGAUGAUAGUGAGCUACCAGAAGCUCAGAAGAAAUUUCAAAAUCUUAUCGCACUUCUAUUGAGUGAAUUGUCGAAUUCAAAUAGUGUUGUGCGUGAAACUAUACAAUCGUCAUUUCAAUUGUUGGCAGAUCUCACCGGUAACGAGGUUACAGAGAUACUAGCACCUGUAAGAGAGCGUUUACUUGCUCCUAUUUUCGCAAAACCCCUACGUGCUCUUCCUUUUGCAAUGCAGAUUGGUAAUAUUGAUGCUAUCACCUAUUGUUUGACUCUGCGGCCGCCUUUUUUGGAAUUCAAUGACGAGUUAAUACGUCUCCUGCACGAAGCCUUGGCGUUAGCUGAUGCUGAGGAUCAGGCUCUGGUUAGCCGUAGUUCACAAUACAAGAAUGCGUCAUCAUUGAUGAACCUUCGCAUCGUAUGCAUUCGACUUUUAUCAGCUGCCAUGGCGUGUUCUGAAUUCUUAAACCAGAGACAAUCGCACACUCCGACGCGUAUCAUUCAAGUCUUCUUCAAAUCCUUAUACUCCAAAUCACCAGAGGUAGUCGAAGCCGCACAUCGUGGAUUGAAGCAAGUCUUAUCACUUCAAAUUAAAUUGCCCAAAGAGCUGCUACAACAGGGCCUUCGUCCCAUUUUAACAACUCUAUCGAAUCAUAAAACUCUGAGUGUUGCCGGUCUUGAAGGGUUAGCACGGUUAUUAGAAUUGCUUACAAGCUACUUUAAGGUGGAGAUAGGCAAAAAGCUAUUAGAUCACCUAAAACUUUGGGCAGAUCCAACGGUACUUCAACAAGCUGCUAACCAAAACUUGAGCGAUAAUUAUGAAGUCAAAAUCAUCGUUGCUAUAUUGAAUAUCUUCCAUUUACUUCCUGCUGCUGCUCAUAUCUUUUUGGACGAAAUUGUUACUAUAGUCUUGGAUAUGGAAAGUUAUUUACGUCGCUCAAUAUCAAGUCCUUUCCGUUCUAAAUUGUUCAAAUAUUUGAAUAGAUAUCCAGCUGAAACCGUUACAUAUUUUUUCGAACGCUUAGAUCAGCCACGUUUCAAUCACUUACUGAUUGAUACUAUUAGCAAUGAAAGCUCGGUCGAAGUACGUGCCGAAAUAGCAAAAAGGCCUGCACAGUUGAUAGAAAAGUCACUAGCAAAAAUUGAUGAUUACAAUCUACGUUACCAAGGAAUAAUGAUAGUAAAACAGGUUGUCAAAUAUGAUGCCGAAUGGCUUAGUAGUCAGCCAGAGAUUUUAGAAAACUUAUUGAAGUUAUGGCGUUACCCUGGCCGGUUUGAUGCAAUGAAAAAGGAUGAUGACGAAGGUCAUCAAAUGUACCGAGAAACUUUAUGCUUGUCACAUAUUUUCAUACUUUAUCUAAAGCUUAACCCUGACAACAUCGAACUCAUCUUUGAUCUUGCAACAUUGUUCGCGCAAGAAACCGUCAUGGAUCUAUCAUACCUGCGCGAAUUUUUCUUGGUUGAUGUAGCUUUACGCUAUCCACCCGAAAAAAAGAAGCUUAUAGUGGGCCAUUUUUUGCAACAAUUCAAUGAUGCUUCUGUUACUAGCUACUCUCGAAUGAUGAUUUUACGUCAUAUUAUCAACCCUGCAAUAUUGGUAUCAAUGCUUCGAAAGAAUGAAGAGAUUACAGAUUUGCUGAGCCAAGAUAUUAUGGAGCAGUUGAAUUCAAAGAUUUGGGCACGUUUAAAUGCCGUCUCAAAUGCAGAGAAUGACCAGUAUGCCGAAGAUUCACUUCGUAUUGAAUUGUUGCAACUGACAUCAAUGAUUGUGCAGCAUUCACCAAGACUACUGACAGAUUUGAGGAAAGAGGUUAUAAAAUUUGGCUGGCACUAUUUGAGGCUUGAAGAUGCAACAUGUAAGCAAGCAGCUUAUGUACUAAUCGCCCACUUUAUUACAGCCUUUGAGACUCCAAGCAAAAUUGUUAUUCAAAUGUAUGCUGCUCUUCUUCGUGCGCAUCUUUCAGAAGCGCGUACAUUGGUUAAGCAAGGUUUAGACAUUAUUGCACCCGUUCUGCCCAAGCGUGUACCAUUAUUGAACAACGAAAGGAUUCCUACUUGGGUUCGACUUACACGCAAAGUAAUAGUAGAAGAUACUCAUAGUAUUUCGCAAAUUGUCAAUGUGUAUCAACUCUUAGUUCGACAGUCUGAUUUAUUCUUUGACUAUCGUGAGCACUUUUUGCCACAAAUUGUAAACACCUUACCCAAACUGGGAUUGCCAAAUGCCACACCUGAAAAUAAGUUACUUACUGUCGAAUUGGCUGAAUUGUUGUUGAAUUGGGAACAGAAACGUUUACAAUCUAUGGAAACUUCGGAAGAUGAUAUUGUUACGCUUCCGUCUGGCAAAAGAUUAACAGCAUUUACAGCUGAAUCAACAAAGAAAAAGCAAAAGACCGAAGGAUCAGUUAACGAAAGAAAUAUUACCAACGCUCAGGUCUCUGUAAAAGUUGCUAGUGGCGCAAACCAUAACAAAGUGUACAUUCCUUCUCUAGGAUUACGGGAGAAUGUGAUAGGUUACCUGGUUAGACUUGCCUGCAGUGUCUAUAAUCCAUCAGAUGUUAUACAACGAAAGCUAGUUCAGCGUGUGAUUACUUUAAUACGGAACUUUUUGGAUCCUUCUAUUUGGCCUGACGUCCACGUCAAGUUUACCCAUUUGGAGAGAGCAUUAACUUUUAAAGAAAUCAAUGAGAUCUCGCUGCCUGCCUUUUGUAGUGCCUUGGAAAUUUUAGCGAUUGAUAUUGCUCACAAACCGGUGGAAUGGUUUACGUUGAAUAUGAGUCAAAUUUUCAGAUUGCUUGAAAACAGUAUCAAGAGCGAUAAUAUUCGUAUUCAGACAACCUUACAGCCAGUUUUAUCGCGAGUGUUCCUUGCCAUUAACCAAUCAGUAAACAAUGAAAGCCCUGAAGAAGUACAGCAUCCCGAUGUCGCUGCCUUUUGCUCGUUGGUUGAUUCAGCAAUAACUGAUGGUUUAACCAACGCAAAUAAUGCCUACACUGUUCUUCAGCUUUUACAAGCUUGUAGCUCUGGACGUAGUGAACAACUGGAUCCUUUUAUUCCAGGCAUGGUCAAAAUGCUGCAAAAGCUUACGAAAGAGCAUCUAUCUGCUGCUCAUUCAGUUACAAGUAACAGCGAAACUCCAGUUAACUUAUUGAAAUCUAUCCUUGAUCUUCUUAAGAGGAGAAUAUCUUACCUUGGUGACCAACGCCGCGUAUAUUUGUCAUGCCUCAACCAGAUAAUUGAAAAAUCCUCUGAUAUUGAUCUGCUUCGUAGCAUUUUAGAUACGUUAAAAGACUGGAUAUUAAAUAGAAAGGAAGCAUUCCCUACAAUAAUAGAAAAAGCUGGACUGCUAGCUAAGAUGAUGAAUUUUGAGAGCCGAGACAACAAGCAACUUACUGAGGAGUACUUGGACUUGAUACUUAAAAUUUAUAGCAAUCCAUCCUUUUCCAGAACAGAGUUAACUGUUAGAUUAGAGCAAGCAUUUUUGAUGGGUACCAGAAAUGAAAAUCCUACUAUACGCCACCAAUUUAUGCGUGUGUUUGAUCGCAGCAUUAAUCGAACUGUUUAUACCCGGCUCAACUACAUACUCGGUGUGCAAAAUUGGGAAUCCUUAUCGAGUACUUUUUGGAUACACCAAGCGUUGGAUUUGCUAUUGGGCUCUGUAAAGAUACAACCGUCUAUUACAGCACCUCAUGCAUUGAAAAUCAGAUCAAUCGGAAGUAUAGGAGGCACUAUGGUUUCUGCUGAAAGUGAUCUUCCUGUUGACAUUUCUGAGCUUAUUCAACAACACCAGUCAUUUUUGAAAGAGUUGAAGAGCUAUGAUGUAAAUAUUAUUAUCGACAACACUCGCUCUCUACAAUAUAUGAACGAUGAUACGGCCUACAGAUUAUGGAUCAGUUUAUUUCCAUUGUGCUGGGAUGCACUGUCAGCUAUUGAAAGACAUGAUAUGGCUAAGCUUUUUAUAUAUUUAUUAGCGAAAGAUUUUCACAACAAACAAGUCGAAUUGCGUCCAAACGUGAUACAAGCAUUGUUAAGUGGUAUUGCCAAGAUUACUAAUGAAUUUAGGCUACCGCCUCAUUUGUUACAGCAUCUGGGUAAGACCCAUAAUGCUUGGCAUACUGCAAUUGAGAUUUUGCAAAGGAAUUUGAAUACAACAGUCAGCAGUGAAAAGCCAAAAGACGAUGUCGAUAAUAAUGAGCGAACUUUGGAUGCUUUGGCUGAAUUAUUUACAUCUUUGGAGGAACACGAUAUGCUAUAUGGUUUAUGGAAGCGACGUAGCACGUAUGGCGAAACUGCUGUUGCUAUCUCCUAUGAACAGAGCGAAUUGUGGUCUGAAGCUCAACUAAUGUAUGAAAAUGCACAAAUUAAGGCGCGUAGUGGUGUUUCACCUUUCACAGAGUCCGAGUAUAGUCUGUGGGAAGACCAUUGGGUAUUGUGUGCUCAAAAGCUCCAGCAAUGGGAUAUACUUUUAGAUUUGGCGAAAAAUGAGAAUAACACAUCAUUAUUUUUGGAGUGCGCUUGGAGACAGAAAGAUUGGAUUGCCGAACACGAGUCAUUGGAACACGCAGUUGCACAGUUAACUACCAAACCUUCGCCUCGCCUAAAAGCAAUGGAAGCGUUUUUAGCACUCAUCAGAUCACAGUCUUCCAAUGAUAAAUUUACUGAUUUCACGCGUAUCAGUGAAGAAGGCAUUCAAUUGACGCUGCAGCAAUGGUUUAGCUUACCUCAAAUCGUUUCCCAAAGCCAUGUGCCGCUCUUACACAUGUUCCAGCAAUAUUAUGAGCUGCAUGAAGCAAGCCAAUUAUUACUGAGUUUGCAAAACACGAAUGCUCAAAAUUUCCCUCAGCGCUCGAAUGAACUACGAAGUGUACUUGUAACUUGGCGUGGGCGUCUGCCAAAUAUGUGGGAUGACAUAAAUGUAUGGAGCGAGCUUGUUUCUUGGAGGCAACACAUAUUCGACGCUAUAAAUCAUGCCUAUCGACCGUUUAUUCCCUUAUUGACCGCUCAAGACAGGGCGCCUCUGGCAUAUCGCGGAUAUCAAGAAAAUGCCUGGUUGAUAAAUCAAUUCGCACAUGUCGCAAGAAAACACCAACUGAAUGACUUUUGUGCUAUUCAACUUAACAAGAUUUAUACUUUACCAAACAUGGAAAUUCAAGAGGUUUUUGUAAGAUUGCGUGAAUAUGCAAAAUACUGCUGUCAAAUUCCAAGCGAACUACCUGCAGGAUUAGAACUUGUUUCCAGUACGAACACCAAAUUCUUCACUGUUCCCCAACAAGCAGACAUAUUCACUUUGAAAGGCCAGUUUCUAACAAAAAUGAAGCGGUACAGUGAAGCCAACGAAGCAUUUGUCAACGCUGUUCAACUUGAUUUAUCAUUACCCAGAGCCUGGGCCGAAUGGGGUUUCUACAAUGAUUUCCGUUUCAAAGAGAACCCAAAGGAACUAAGUUGGGCAAAUAAUGCUGUUAGUUGUUAUUUGCAAGCUGCAGGCAUUUAUAAAAAUGCAAAAGCUCGAACCUAUCUCUUGCGAGUGUUAUGGCUACUGAGUCUAGAUGAUGAAGAAGGUACUGUAUCACGUGCGUUUGAUUGUUAUAAAGGAGAAUGGCCUAUUUGGUAUUGGAUUACAUUCAUACCACAACUUUUGAUGGGUCUGCACCAAAGAGAAGCACAACAUGCGCGAAAUAUUCUAAUCCGGAUUGCAAAGCAAUAUCCUCAGGCUCUCCAUUUCCAGCUACGGACAGCAAAAGAAGACAUGGCGAAACGCUUAAAUGCAACUUUUGCCACUAAACAAACUGUAGACACCAAUAGCAGUUCUGCGAACUCCUCGAAUGAAGUGAAAGAAGAUGCCAGUAAAGAGGCUGGUGAGGACACUCUAAAUGAUGAAGUUAAGGAGGAAAAGGAUAAUAUUGAUGAAACACCACUCGCAAAGGAAACGGAAGGCUAUAAUGUGAACGACGAAGCUACCAACGAAAACACUGAGUCUGAAAUUGACCAGAAUAAAACGGAACCACUUGCAAUCAAGCAAGAAUAUGAUAAGAACCUGAAAUCAUCCACAGUGGUUCAAACAGACCUGGCUUCUGUUAAUCAAUCCAACAUAGCAUCACCAGCAAUCAGGACAGAAGACGUUGGUAAAGAACAACCUGUUAUUGAUAAAACCUCCAACGAGAAUACUGCAUCUGGUGGAGAUCAAAAAGGAACCCCAGCAGCAACAAGUUCGAUAGCACAUCCUUUAGAUGAAAUCAUGGCCAUGUUGAAGACCGGAUACCCUUUGUUAGCUUUGUCUAUGGAAACUAUGGUUGAUCAAAUCCAAUUAAAAUUCAAGCCUCAGGCUGAUGAAGAAAUGUACCGCCUCGUCGUUGCUUUAUAUAAUGAAGGUGUUGAGCAAUUACUUUCUCGUAUGAAAGACCGUAGUGAUCCGCUUGAACUAAGCAAUAGUACCGUUAAUAGCAUUGCUCGUUUCGCCAAUAGUCUGUAUCCUGGCUAUAUGAAGGCAGCAUUUGUACAUGAUUUUGUUAACAGCAAAUUAGGAUUAGAAGGGUACAUAGCGAAAUUAAGGCUUUGGCGGGACAAAUUUGAAGCUGUGUUGGAUGCUCGUCCGCGUAAACAGAAGCUAGAAUCUUCCAGUCAUUAUCUCGUAGAGUUUCAACACCAAAAGUUCGAUGAUGUGGAGAUCCCUGGUCAAUAUCUAUUGCUCAAAGAUAAUGCAAAUGAUUUCCUCCGUAUCGACCGAUUUCUGCCAGAGGUUGAAAUAGUUCGAAAUUACGGUAAUUGCUAUCGCCGCUUAACUAUACGAGGUCAUGACGGUAGUCUUCAUCCAUUUGUCAUUCAGAAUCCAGCUGCGAGACAGUUUCGCCGUGAAGAGAGAUUGAUGCAGCUGUUCCGUUUACUGAAUAGGAUUUUAGAGCGAAAGAUAGUUAGUCGCAAACGUAAUCUUCAAUUCCACUUGCCUGUGAUUGUUCCUCUGGCACCAAAUGUGCGUAUGGUUGAGGACGAUUUGUCUUAUUGCACCUUGUACGAUGUGUAUGAAGAUUAUUGCGAUAGUAUUGAUAUGCACAAGGACGAUCCGCUUGCAUACUUUGUUGACAAACUUAAAAUGGAAGGCGAUCGUAAUAUCACCGAUGAAGCGAAGGAAACUGAAUUACUGAAUUCGAGAAUUGAGAUUAAUGAAAAAAUAUCAAAGCAGCUUGUUCCUUCUGAUAUAUUGAGCCAGGUAAGUAACGAUGGUGAAAUGAUUAACAAAAUGAAAACUGAUGAACAAAACUGCCUGUGUAGUAUCUCAAAAGAACAAUGAGUUCAUUCUCGGAUUAUUGGAUGCACCGCAAACGG